AGUGACCAGCUUCUAAUCAAAGGAGGAAAAAUUGUCAACGAUGAUCAGUCAUUUUAUGGAGACAUUUAUGUGGAAGACGGUUUAAUAAAACAAAUUGGAGAGAACCUGAUUGUUCCUGGUGGUGUCAAGACAAUUGAUGCCUAUGGCCAGAUCGUGAUGCCCGGCGGGAUAGAUGUCCAUACCAGACUGCAGAUGCCCGUCAUGGGGAUGACCUCUGCCGAUGACUUCUACCAAGGCACAAAGGCAGCCCUGGCAGGAGGGACCACAAUGAUCAUUGACCACGUCUGCGCGGACGCCGGGACCAGCCUCCUGGCUGCCUACGAGCAGUGGCGCGGGACCGCCGACAGCCAGGCCUGCUGCGAUUACUCCCUGCACAUCGACAUCCCUCGCUGGCACGACAGCCUGAAGGAGGAACUGGAAGCCCUGGUGAAGGACAAGGGUGUGAACUCCUUCCUGGUUUUUAUGGCCUACAAAGACAAACUGCAGUGCACCGAUGCCCAGAUGUACGAAAUAUUCUGCAUUAUUCGAGACCUGGGGGCCAUCGCCCAAGUGCAUGCUGAAAACGGAGACAUCAUCGAUGAGGUGCAGUAUUUAGACUCAUUUAAAUGA